AUGGUCGAGGCGAAGAUCACCAAGAUGACUCGAGAGGACGAGGGCUCGUCGCGCCUGAUCAGCAUGAAGAAGAAGCUCAAGAAGACCCUGGAGAGCUCAGCGGACGAGACCGACGACGAGGAGAUGACGCCCAGCUCGUCUUCGCAGGUGCCAGAGGAAUCAAUCGACUUCACUUUCGAAACGAUGGAUCAGGAGGACCUCAGCAUGCUUCUCUCAGGGGAGCUGGUCUUCACCAGAGGUCACCAGGCGUGGCGCAGGUUCGCUUUGAAGAUCGUCAAGUUCAUGGUGCAGGUGAGUAUCAACCUCGCCAUGGCCAUAGCGGUGCCGCUGGGGUAUCAGAAGAAGGACGAUCCGUUGAAUUGCAGUCAUCCAGCCUGCCUUCGUCGCCCCGGAUCCAACUCGACGAGCGUGUGCGUACACUGCGCGGGCUGCGACCUCCGCCUGAUGUUGCGCGACAAGACCCCGGAGGAGAUCCAGGAGGCGGCGAACCGCAAGCGGCUCAAGGAGCAGAGGCAGGCCAGGAGGAUGGCCCAGCGCGUCAAGGACGAGAUGCCCUACGAGCCGCCGACCUCACACAUCAACCCGGGGAGCGUGCAGGGAUCGGGCGGAGUCGUGGAGACGGAGCCGCAACCCCCGCCCGGACUUCGCUCCAAGGCGGGGCCAUCGGUCUUGUCAGCGGUCAAGUCGAACUCCCCCACGCACGUCUUCAAGAGCGACAGCUCUCUCGAGAUCGAGAUGAAG